UUAAAUGUGUGAUGUUACAAUGGUAAAAUAUGAAAUAGCCUACAGUAUCUAGAGAUAGGCUACAGCCCUACACUGUGAGUGUGCGGAGAGAAGUUGGAUGUGAACGCCUCCUCAGAUGCUGCAGCGUGCGUGUUUUGUAGCCUACUGCACUGCUUGACAUUCGGUACAUGUGAGUGAACUGCGCGCUGCGAACUGUAGCGCCGCUGUUGCCAGUGGAAUCUUAGUUCUGGAAGGAGGACACCAAGGCACUGUUCAAGGCUAAACUGACUUCGCCCAUGUCUUCCACCGGGUCUCCGUGAAAAACAAGGCUAAAUCGGCGGCAGUCAUGACUUCGGUAUGGAAGAGACUUCAGCGCGUCGGCAAGAGGGCUUCGAAGUUUCAGUUUGCUGCGACUUACCAGGAACUGGUGGUAGAAUGCACGAAUAAAUGGCAACCAGACAAACUGAGGGUGGUUUGGACCAGACGAAAUCGACGCAUUUGCACAAAGUUGCAUGGCUGGCAGCCUGGGAUCAAGAACCCCUACCGGGGCAUGGUGGUGUGGCAGGCACCCGAGAAUGUGGACAUUACGGUCACCCUCUUCAAGGACCCAAAUGCAGAUGAGUUUGAAGACAAGGACUGGACAUUUAUCAUUGAAAAUGAGACUAAAGGGCACCGAAAGGUUCUGGCCUCCGUGGACGUAAACAUGAAGCGGUACGCCAGCGCCACGCCUGCCCAGUAUGAGCUCACGCUGAAACUGAAGCCCCUGUCGGUGAAGGUGGUGGAAGCCACGCUCAAGCUGACGCUCUCCUGCGUCUUCCUCAAGGAGGGCAAAGCAACGGAUGAAGACAUGCAGAGUCUGGCCAGCCUCAUGAGCCUGAAGCAGUCAGACAUCGGCAACCUGGACGACUUCAGUGAUGAGGAGGAGGACAAGAGAGCCAGCACAGGCUCCACCACCACCAGCCCUGCAACAGCACCCCCUCCUCCCUCAAGAAGAGUCUCCAGCACCCCCUCCUCCCUCCCAGACCCCCACGACACACAGUCUUCCUCUUAA